UAAAUAUAAUUUCAUCACAAGUAUGGCUGUGUGUUUAGUAGCAAUGUUCACUGAAGACCUUAUUGCUCACUUGUUAUCAAAAGGCAUCUCAAGAGAAAUUUGCGAUCAACUGAAAGAAAAUGCUAUUGAUGGGGGUACAUUGAACUUUUUGAUGCAAGACAUCGACGAAUUCAAAGCGGUCUUACCUAAAUCUGGCUAUCGAAUUCAACUAAAACAAAAAUUGGCCUUUACUUUAUCUGCGACAACAGAAAACGAAAAAAUGCCUCAGCAAAUUGUGAUGCCACAUGAUGAUGAACCACACACAUCAGAGCUAGAACCACCAAUGCCAACUGAACCACCUUUGCCAGUGGAACCACCUUUGCCAGUGGAACCACCUUUGCCAACCAUGGCAUGUGAAAGCAGUGUUGAAAGUGUGAAAGCAGGUGUUCAAAUGAAGAAACCACUCAAGAGUCCCAAACCUAUUACUAAUAGUUCAGAUGCCACAGCCCUACCAAACACUCUCCCAUUUCCUGAGAGUUUCUCUGUGCGAGUGCAGAUGGCAAUAAAAAAUGGCUCUGUUGCCCCUGAGCGAACACAGCUGAUUGCAGAUGUAGGGACCUUUUAUUAUGGUUUGUCCAGCCACCCAAAGCAAGGUGACUACAAGAGGAUUGCCAUUUUAGUGUGCGAGAAAUUCCCUGAGUUGAGAGAUUUCAAUCAAGCAAGCUAUUGGGUAUCAAUCCAGAAACAAUUGUCGCAAUUCUUCAGAAACCUUCGGCGGCGGACAGUUAACAAAGCGAUGCAUGGACAACCCCAUGGCCAUGCAAAUGAAAGUGCAUCAAAGAAAAUAAAACUGACUGCAGAGGAUGAUGAGCAAGCUCAAAAAAGAAAUAUGGAGCUUUUGAAAAAAGCAAAACCUGGUGCAAUGGCUCCUAAGACAUUUGCAAAACUCUUUGUCGACACAUUUAAUGAGCGGAGGAAAUUUAUCGAAAAUCAAGCUACAUCUUCUACAGAGGUCUUGGAGGAAUGUCCAUAUCUUGGUCAUCCAAAUGUUGUAAGAAAAGAAGUUAGCAGAAUCAUUGGGCAGAAAAAUUGGGAAAAAGAGGCUGAAAAGAAGUUGGAGACUGCAUUGAAAGCUGUCAUACAAAUUAAGGAUAAGGAAUGUGAAAUGAGAAGUGAACAGGUUGUGGAGGCUGUGGAGUAAAUUGAGAGAAAGACAAAAAGGAACAAAGGAACAACAACAAGUGUUCUAAAAUUCAAAGAUCCUGCAUCCACCAUGAGACCAGAAACCUUGUUCAAAGACAAGAAUGUCGAGUUUCGCUUGGUUGUGAUUGGGUCUCCUGAGGAGGUCAACCAAGUUUUUGUGGCAGGUGAAGACCAGUCAUUUAUUGAGAGUGAAGGUAUACUCCAAGGUUUGAUCGACCUGCUUUGUUGUUACUAUGCAUAUCACGUCUCCUACCCUGAAAGUAUGGAAGGAUGCUUGCUUUUCCUACAAGACAUUCUUUUGCCAACAAAUGAUGGCAACUACAGAGGAACAAAAUUUUCCUCAUUUAUGGCAAAGGUGCACCAAGGAAUUAAGGACAAUUCUGAUUAGAACAAUUUAUACAUGCCUGGACAUUCAUGCUUAUAUUAUAUGCAUGCCAUAUAUUUAAGGCAAAUUAUUAUUAAGGCAAAUUUUCCAUAUGACUUUUAAAUAUUUGUUGUGAAUAUAUGUAAGUGUUUUCUUGUAUGAUAAUGUUUUCUAUUUUUAAUACAUAUUUCACUGUUUAUGGACAAACUGUUCUGACUAUUCAUUCUAUUUAGAUAAUUGCCCUAGGCAAUUUGAUCUUGUGUGUUGGGUAGCACACCUUAGUGUGUUCCAAAACACACCUUGCACCACCUAGCAGUAUGUGUCUUGGAACACACCAAAGUUGUGUAGGAAAACACACCAAAGUUGUGUAGGAAAACACACCACAGUGUGUUUCAAAACACACCUUAGUGUGUACUAAAGCACACCUUUUGCAAAACACACCUUAUGGUGUGUCAAAUUCUGGACAAGCAAGAAACACACCUUAAGGUGUGUUUUGGGACACACCUGCGUGUGUAAGAAAACACACCUUAACCUGUGUUAUAUUCUGGACAAAAAAGGUGUGUUAUUUGAACACACCUUUUUUUAGAGUGUGAAUACGUACAAUCCAGAAAGUCAGUUUAUACAAGACCUUCGAGAGAAAGAAGUCCCUGGUAUGAAGGGAGUAGUAUCGUCAUCUAAAGGAUUACACACCAAACUACGUCAAGCUGCUCAACGGAAAAAUGGAGUAACAAAAGAACGCAAACAGUUGAUUAAAAUGGGAAAUAAGCUGAGAGCUGAAUUGUUGAAAUAUAAAGGAGGGAAAAAAUCGCCUUCAAUUGAGGCACGUCAAUCGUCCAAAGAUCCGCAGAAUGUGGCGCAAACAUCCCGAUCCCAACUACGGGGUUUGGAACAGUUGCAAUAUGAACUAACAAGCAAAGAACUGCAUGCAGUAUGCACAGAGAACACUAGCGAGGAAUAAUGAUCAGCAUUCGCUAUCUCCUCGCAAAAAAAAUUCCGCGUCGGCCCAAAACUUCAAAAACACUCUUCAAACACGGAACUCGCAGAAAAAGCAGGCCUACCGGAAUCGUCUACUGUUCGUGACGAAAUCGUCUCGCCAUGGCAACCUUCGUUCUCAUCAGACGACCGCGCGUCGUUACAAGAUGUCUGGAAACUACUAGACGAGGACAGUUCUGGAUUAACCCAUCGCGGGGACGAAGUCAGCAUGUCUCAGCUUCGGGAAAGUUUCUCAACUACGGACAGUUUCACGGUCAAAGGUCAGCCUAGUCACGUGCAUCUCAAGCCAGAGUGUUCCAAGGCUGCGCUGUCUGUCAAGGCAGCUGGGAAAUGGACACUCUCCCAGGUAAAAGCGAAGAUAAGAGAUUAUAAUAUAUAAGACGAAGAUGUUCGCGAGGGAUUGUAGAUAUUUUUAUUUACCUAUAAUAUUUGUUUUUAACAAGACCGGUCAUUCAUGGCAGUAGGAGGCUGUGUUGGGAAUUUGUGUGUUUAACCCUCACUUCCAAUCUGUCCUUAAUUAUCCAAUUUUCUUACUUA